CCGGAAGUGGGGCCGUCGCCGUGGCAACGCGGCAGUGUUUGCCGGCGGGCGCGGGCGGCCCGAGGUGGCAGGUGCCUUGAGAAGCAAUGGCCACAGUGGCUCUCCUGAACUUAGCACCAUCUCACCUCUGCUUCCCUUCAAGCACAGCAGCUGCUUUCUCGUGGACCAACGCCGCCGACAUGCACGUCACCAGGCCAAAAUCUGCCAAGGGACGCACGAGGCCAAACUUCAGUUACUCUCAGAGCGUGGAAGCCUGUCCGUGCCGAGUGCCAUCUUCCCCACCACCAGCAGCUCCCCGUGAAUUAGUGAACAGCCAGAGAGCAUCGUUCACAAAACCAGCAUUCCUGGCCAGCCAGGUGUCUCCUGAGGAAAUCCCGGAGCUCCUGCGGCAAGUGCCUUUGAGGACCUCCUCUUCCCUGAACAAGUACAGGGUGCUCCCUUCCAUCGGCUGGAAAGGCGCAGGGUGUGGUGCUGUGGAAGCGGUGGCGGAACAGACUGACCAGCUGAAAGUGAGCGGGGGGCGGGAGGAUGCUCUGAAAAUCAAAAUUCUUUCUGGAGAACAAGGAUCUGCCAGCGUGUUGUCAGAAAGUGAUGUUCCCGAUGAAGGGAGCUCACACGUGCGACUUCCUUCUGAGAAGCCGGGAAGGAAAAUGAGGCAAGAGAGCCCUUCGACGUCAACAAGUCCUUCGACAUCAACUUUAAGUUUGGAAGAGCCACCGAAAGAAGAGUCACACUUCCUGCUCGCUAUUCGAUCUCCCUGUGGUCAGAGAUUUGAACAUCAUUUCAAGCCCACUGACAGUCUCCAGACAGUCCUUGCCGUGGCAGAACAGAAAAUGUCGGCCAAAUACAAACGCUGCAGCGUUGAAACAAUGGAGGUGCCCCGGAGGAGUUUCUCUGACCUUACGAGGUCCCUCCAUGAAUGUGGGAUUCUCCACAAGUCCGUGUUGUGCAUCCGACAGAAAGAGCAGCACGACACCGGUCUUUAGGCACACAGAGAUGCUGCCACACCGCCGUGGGUCAUUCUGCUGAGUGGGAUGUGUUAAUUCUUCUGAAAAACUGGGAAUCUGAUGUUUCUUGGGCCUACUUCUUCAUCUUGCCAUCUUCCCAAAAUUCCCCGUGAAGCAGACUUGUGUAUAUGUGUUGAAAUAGUAUUUCAGGUGGAUAUACCUGCUACAUAAAUAGCAUCUUUUUUCACAUGUGCCAUCACAAAUUGCUUCCUGAGUGCCACCGACCUUUGGCCUUUUUGGUUUUUUGAAAUUGCCAAUGUUCUUCUUUGAAAACUGAAGUUUCCGAGACCUCUCUCCUUGACCUUUUCUACAUUUCAGGAAGGUACCACUUCGCAGAGUGGAGCCGGAUGCAGAGGCACCUAUUUGGGAAGGUAGAAACGGAACUGGUUUACUCUGGAGGACCAUCUUCAGUAGGUUAUCAUCAUCCUGAACAUCUUCUCGAGAAUGACUGAAAAGGAGAUCAAACCCAAACCCCAUCUGGAAAUAACAGUAAUAACCUGUUAAUGGAUUAUUGUGAAGUAUUAAAUUGCAAGACCUGUGAAGGCUCAGCUCUUUCUGGAUAACCUCAGUGCAGCUUUUAACACUGUGACUAUAUCAUCUUUUUAAGAACAGAUAGUUAUUAUUUUGGCAGUAUUGGUGAACAGCAGGAUUUUCUACCUAGUUUUCCUUCUCUCAUUCAACUGGUGUGAUCCAUAGGUAAGAGUAGAUGGAUAGUUACAAUGAGAUGUUAUAAAAUACUUCCAUUUAACACCUUUACACUGAAAUGAGUUAUUCCAAGAAAGCAAGUGCUGCUUUGAGAAUUUUUAAAUAAAAAUACAUUAAUUGGAUUUGACUGAGGAAUUGGUUCACGUACUAGACCAUAGUUUACUAAACCAUCGUUAAAAAAGGCUGGUAGGGCAACUUGGCAGGUUUUGGAUAAAUACAACGUGCUUGUGCUAAAAAAAAAGAUCUUCUAGGUUUCUAAUGGAAAUUCUUAUGGUUCAAAGGCAGUAAUUCAAUCUACUAAAAAAAUGGGCCACUUGCCACACAGAUGAGCUAGUUUUAAUAAUUUGAGGUAAACCCAACUUUUUUUUAACCUCGGUGUAAUGGCCAAACCAACUUGAACAGUAGUAGAAACAGAACAGUAGUAGAAAGCUGACCCUGGUGUUGACUGAGAGCGUAGCAUCUCCUUCUAAAGCAAGUGUUCAGGGUCCAGCGGCUUUAUGAAAAUGGUACCCAAUGAAAUAAUAGUAUUAUCUACUGCUGCGGGUGAUGCUAAUUGAACAGUAGCAAUCCUGGUGUCUUCAGGGAGACCAGGAUAUCGAAACAUAGGGGUGCUUUUAAUCAAACCUCAGUGGGAAGCAAAGUAUUUCACUUAAGUUUCAUGAACAGGAACCAUUUUCUGCAUUUCAUUCAGUGUUAGGUGGUUAAUUCCCUUCUUCUGAUUUUGUGUAUACUAUGUUACUUCCAUGUUUCAGAGUUUUCAUACUGUGUGGUAGUACAGUCAAUAAAACCUUUUAGGCUGAAA